AUGUCUCAACAAGAGGACUUUCCAUUCCCAGGCCCAUAUGAUCAGGGUCUUCCGACCCCCGCUUGGAGUUCGAACACUGGCACGCCAAUCCUUACACCAGCAAGCUCCACUAUGUUCCCUCUCCCAACUGGGUCAUUUGGACCUCCUCUCCCUCUUCCUUCUUCUGAACCUUUCCCAGGGUUUCCGGGACCUCCAAUGUUCCCCGAUGCCCCAAUUAUGCCCUCAGGCAUGCCCUCCCCAACCAUGUCGCCUAUUCCAGGGUCCGGCCCAAUGCCGAUGCAGAUGCUGGUUCCAUCCGCUAUGCCCUCCCCGAUUCCAACUCCUGCUUCCUCCACCUUCUCAACCCCAUUUGGGACGAUCAAUGGACCACCGGAUCCAAAUGACGCCCAAGCACUCGAGGCGAUCUUUGGCCCAGUACCCAACUAUGUAACGGCCAAUACCAGUCACUACAAUCUUCCAUAUAUGCCUCCACCAUAUAGGGAGAAUUUCGUCCCAGCUCCACUGUACAUCCCGGGCUCGGCUGAAGAUCUCGCAUAUCAGAACCUUGCACGAGAAAAUUUCGAAAAUGGGCUUACGACGGACCCAUGGCGCAACGAACCCAUCCCAGAGAAUAACGAGCCACAGUUCGUUCAAAGAUUUGAGGAUCUUAGCUUCGCUGAUCAAAUGCGGGAGAGACGUCUUCGUCAUAGAUAUAACAAUACAAUGACAGACGCCCAGCGAAGAGAUAUGGACCGUCGUCGUCUUCAGAGAACGGGCUCCCACGAGCCGGAGCUUGAUGAAGAGGUUUGGAAGGCAUCUCCUGGUUGUCAAUGUGUCAUCUUAUAG